AUGAAAGCCCGGUAUUUCAAAGAUGUUUCAAUUCUUGAUGCUAAGGUAAGAAAACAACAAUCUUAUGGAUGGGCAUCGCUUUUAGAUGGCAUUGCACUUUUAAAAAAAGGAACAAGACAUUUGAUUGGUGAUGGACAGAAUAUUCGUAUCGGAUUGGAUAAUAUUGUGGACUCUCAUCCUCCUAGACCGUUAAAUACAGAAGAAACAUAUAAGGAGAUGACAAUUAAUAACUUGUUCGAACGUAAAGGCUCCUACUACUUCUGGGAUGAUUCUAAAAUUUCUCAAUUUGUCGACCAAAGCGAUCAUGGAUUCAUACACCGUAUCUACCUUGCUAAGAGUAAAAAACCAGACAAAAUUAUUUGGAAUUACAAUACAACGGGAGAAUAUACGGUUCGUUCUGGCUAUUGGCUCCUUACUCAUGAUCCGUCCACAAACAUUCCCGCCAUAAACCCUCCUCAUGGUUCGAUCGAUUUGAAAACCAGAAUCUGGAAUUUGCCAAUCAUGCCGAAAUUAAAACACUUCCUUUGGCGAGCCCUAUCUCAAGCUCUUGCUACAACUGAGAGGUUAACUACUAGAGGAAUGCGUAUAGAUCCUAGUUGUCCUCGUUGCCAUCGGGAAAAUGAAUCGAUUAACCAUGCUCUCUUUACUUGCCCUUUCGCAACAAUGGCUUGGCGGUUAUCGGAUUCGUCACUCAUUCGUAAUCAACUUAUGUCAAACGACUUUGAAGAAAACAUCUCCAAUAUCUUGAACUUUGUCCAGGAUACCACAAUGUCAGAUUUCCAUAAGCUUCUCCCGGUUUGGCUCAUAUGGCGAAUAUGGAAGGCAAGAAAUAAUGUAGUAUUCAAUAAGUUCAGAGAAAGCCCGUCAAAAACUGUUUUAAGUGCAAAGGCUGAAACACAUGAUUGGCUCAAUGCAACACAAAGCCAUAAGAAAACACCAUCACCGACUCGACAAAUUGCAGAGAAUAAAAUAGAAUGGAGGAAUCCACCUGCCACAUAUGUAAAGUGUAAUUUUGAUGCUGGUUUCGAUGUACAGAAGUUGGAAGCUACAGGAGGCUGGAUCAUCAGAAAUCAUUACGGGACACCAAUUUCAUGGGGUUCAAUGAAGUUGGCUCAUACGAGUAAUCCGCUUGAGGCAGAAACCAAAGCUCUUUUGGCGGCUUUACAACAAACCUGGAUUCGAGGAUACACACAAGUAUUCAUGGAAGGCGAUUGUCAGACGCUAAUUAACUUGAUUAAUGGGAUUUCGUUUCACAGUUCCUUAGCAAAUCACCUGGAGGACAUCAGUUUUUGGGCAAAUAAAUUUGCAAGCAUUCAGUUUGGUUUUAUUAGGAGAAAGGGAAACAAAUUAGCUCAUGUCUUAGCGAAAUAUGGUUGUACUUAUUCUACCUUUUAUUCUGGUUCUGGUUCUUUACCUAUUUGGCUUGAUCGAUACUUUUGUAAUGACUCUAAUUGA